AUGGCCGUGCAGGUGUCCGGGGGGCUCGUGCUCUACCUUUAACUUUUGUCUUUUAUUCGAAUGCAUCUGACACCUCGCUGCACGUCCAGAGGCUGGAUGUUUUGAUCCAGGAUGGAUAUUAUGACAUUCUUCGCUGUCAUCACUCUGAUUCAUGCUUCGUUUUACUUCACUGACUAUUUAUUAAAGUCAUGCAUGAAUGUCCCAUAUAUCUACUUCUUGGAGAAUGUUGGAAUAACUGUUAAACCACUACAACUGCACUGGUUUACAACAGCUUUUAAUCGUUCAGUAACAAAAUGGGCACUGUGGAGGCCGAAGUUCUUCAAAGUGUGGUUUACAGUCGGUGUGAUAGUAGUAGGGCUUUUGUUGCUUCCUGCAAUAUGCCUUUUGAUAAGUGCAUUAGUAAAUCAUUUUCGACCUGUACAAGAACAGAGAAUACAGGCAUUACAACCCAUGGUACCAGGUAUUAACUUACCUAUGAAGGAGUUACCAUACUACUUUCUGACUUUGUUAAUUGCAUCAGUCAUCCAUGAAGCUGGACAUGCUAUCGCUGCAGUCAAAGAGGACGUUCAUGUGAAUGGUCUUGGAUUUCUUUUAAUGUUUAUUCUGCCUGGAGCCUACGUGGAUGUUCCAACAGAAGAGAUUCGAACCCUCACUCCAUUUAGACAGCUAAAGAUAUUGUGUGCAGGCGUUUGGCACAAUAUUGUUCUUGUGGUGCUGGCCUUCGGCAUUGGUCUGUCAACACCAUUUAUACUUCAGCCUUUGUACAUCCAUGGUCAUGGUUUGACCGUCAUGCAGUUAUCACAGGACUCUCCUGCUCGAGGACCCACAGGUCUGGAAGUUGGGGAUGUGAUCACAACAAUCAACAGGUGGACAGUUGCAAGUGUUGGUGACUUUCAGCAGUAUCUUGUGACAACCAUCAACUCUGAUCAGAUGGGCUUCUGUGUCCCAGAAUCUGUCGUUCAUACGUAUGACGAAACAAUUCAUCAUGAGGCAGCUUCCGAUUCCUUCUUUGGUCACUUACCCAGGUUAUAUUCUAGAAAUAAAGCUUUUGAAGGUGCUGAUGGGUCAGUGCAGUGCUGCAGUGGAGACAGUGAUGCCCACUUGUGCUUUGAGUUGAAGGAGGACAGAGAAUUUGAUACAGGAGUGGCAGCAAUGCAGCCGUUUUCAUGUUUGCCAGCACGCAUGGCUGUCUCUAUGAGCACGAAGACUUGUAUUAAUUCUCUUACCUGCCCUACUGACACUCAUUGCUUGGCACCAUCUUUAAAAAAUGCCUCGAGGCUUCUGCAGAUCAGCAGGCGAGGAAGCAAUGGAGAACGUAAGGAUGAUGUACUCUAUUUGGGGCCACCUGCUUUCUUAUACCAUACAGUGACAUUGACUAGUUAUAUCCCCAAAUUUUCUUUCCUUUCUCUCAGUUGGCCCAACACAGUUGAAAUUUACUGUGAUUACAUGGUCCAGUUCUCGGGUGCUUUAGCAGUUCUUAACAUGGUGCCCGUCGUGUAUCUGGAUGGUUACUGGAUUUUUGGUGCGAUUAUUGAUCUGUUUCUGGCUUCUCGGUGUGAUCAAGUGACACGAAGAAUUACUCAUAUAAUUAUUACGAUGAUUGGAACACUUUUGCUUUUUUUAAACAUCGUAAUUGGUGUUUGGAGCAUCAUUUGAAAAAAAAAAAAAAGGCUCAAAGUGUGAUCUCUGGUACAUACUGUAUUGUUAUAGAAUGUUCUUCUAUAGGCCACUUCCAGUUGUGUGUGAACAAAACCUUAAUGUAUUUUUACAUAUGGUAUGUUUGUAUUAAGAUUUGAUGUAGGUCUUUUUUAAUUCAAGACAGCACAUAAAACUGUUCAGUAUAUGUAAAUAUUUAUAUAAUGAAUUUAUGCUGCCUGCCAUUUUAUUUCACUGUGGUGGAUACUUUGUCCUUGGGAAAAUUCAACACGACAACUGAUAAGCACAAGCUUUAAUACAGAGGAAAAUAUAUUGCAGAAAAGUUGUUUGUCUUAAAAGGUGUAAUUUUCUUUCAUAUUCAUCAACUAAGCCGGGUGGCAGGACUUAAAGUAUAUACCCAGACAUGACCAAAAAUUAAGAUAGAUAUGGGUAGUACAAAUCUUAACUGUAUAAAGAUAGCCUAAAUUUUAUAGAUCACUUAUAUUUGUAAAUAUCUAUAAAAUAUAUAUAUAUA